AUGAUUGGUGAGAGAAUUGAAAGUGGAAUUAAGGCUGGUAGAAUACAGAAUCCAAGUGCUGCUAGUUCCUCUUCUGGGGCAGGAGGGAAGAAACCAUAUAACGGAUUCGCUAAGAAGAGAGAGGGUGAAACGAGUGCUGCUUACUAUGGUAAAGGUAAAGGCCAUGUUUAUCAACAGGUAGCCGUUGUGACCAUACCGAGUACUCCUCUUCAACAACAACCACCGCAACAUCAGAGGCAUCCCCCACGUCAGUAUCAGCAAAAGUCGAGGCCACCAAGAAUUUUUGAUCCCAUACCUAUGACAUAUGCACAAUUACUCGCUCAUCUCUUACAUGGGGACUUGGUGCAACUUCGUACCAUGGGCCCUCCACCUGCUAAGCUUCCUCCUAACUAUGACGCUAAUGCCCACUGUGAGUUUCAUUCUGGGGCUGCUGGUCAUGAUAUUGAACAUUGCAUAGGAUUCAUGCAUAAAGUACAGGAUCUGCUUGAUUCAAAAGCUAUUGAGUUCACCCCUACUCAAGGACCUAACGUUGUACAGAACCCUAUGCCUUCCUAUGGAACUCAUGCCGCAAAUGCCAUCGAUAUUGUUGAAGACAUUUACUUGGUCAAGGAUGUUAUCGAAUUGGGAUCGUUGUUGCCAUUAUUGAAGAAGGAAUUAUUGAGGAUGAGACUAUACGCUGGUUGUGGAGAAUUCUGUACUGAUUGUAUGGUCACCUCCUCAGUUUAUGACAAGGUGAAAGGUGGGAUUCAACAGUUGAUAGAUAGUGGGUAUCUACAGUUUGAGCAUGUGCGACAUCCAAAGUCAGUCAAGAAUGAAAUCAACGUGCUAUCCAUCCCGUAUACUCCUACUAAGAUCCUGAUUCCUGCCAGAGCGCCGCCUUUGGUCAUCACGUUGCCUGGACCCAUCCCAUAUACUAGUGAAAAAGCAAUUCCAUGGAAUUAUGGGGGGGAAGUUUUCUACCAAGGGGCCAAGUACGAGAUUAAAGCACCGGUUGAGAAAGAGGAUGUUGAUAAUGUUGUUGGCAUUGGAAGAAUGACAAGAAGUGGUCGUAUUUUCAAUCCUCCUCAGAAUACUCGCGAUGACAAUGCAGAAGCUCUAGCUCAAGCAAAAGGGAAAAAAGUGGUAGAAGAUACGGUGGAUCCGGGGCAAAGCUCUAACUCUGAAGAUACUGUGGCCAAAGAGAUGGAAGAGUUCCUAAAGAUCAUCAAGAAAAGUGAGUAUAAAGUGGUUGACCAAUUGAGUCAAACUCAAUCAAAGAUUUCGAUCUUGCAGUUGCUCUUGUGUUCAGAGACACAUCGAAACGCUUUGUUGAGACUUUUAAGUACUGCUUUCGUCCCUCCAGAGGUCUCAGUGAAUCAACUUGAAGGGGUGGUGUCAAACAUCAAUGCUGGUAAUGGAUUGGGAUUCACUGAUGCAGACAUGCCCUCCGAAGGUAGAAACCAUAAUAGAGCUUUGCAUAUAUCAGUGGAAUGUAAAGGGACUAUGUUAUCUCGUGUUCUUGUGGAUAAUGGAUCUUCUCUGAAUGUAUUACCGAAGUCGUCUUUGAUGAGGCUAGAUUAUUCUGGUGUCGAGAUAAGGCCGAGUGAAUUGACAGUGAGAGCCUUUGAUGGGUCAAAGAGAUCAGUAUUUGGGGAGGUUGACUUGCCAAUAAUGAUAGGCCCUCAGCUUUUCACUAUUACCUUCUUUGUGAUGGAUAUCCACCCGUCUUACAGUUGUCUCCUGGGACGUCCAUGGAUCCAUGCUGCUGGGGCUGUGACUUCCACAUUACAUCAGAAACUCAAAUUCGCGACUCAAGGAAAGAUAGUCACAAUAUGUGGGGAGGAAGAACACGUGGUAAGCCAUCUUGCGUCCUUCAGGUAUAUUGAUGUGGAAGGAGAGGUCCACGAGACGCCUUGCCAAGCCUUUGAGGCUGUCCAGACUAUCAAGAUCCCUUAUGUUGACAAUAAGAAGUUGGAGGCUCCCAUGUCUUCACUAAAGGAAGCUAAAGCCGUGGUUGAAUCUGGACAUCCUGAAGGGUGGGGCCGAGUCUUGGAUCUACCAAUCAAGCAGGAUAAAUAUGGGAUUGGAUAUCAGUUGGGUCAGAGUUCAUCUAAUGAGGCCUCCAAGAAGCCCGGAACCUUCGUUCCGAUCAAGUUCUCUAGUGCUGGCAUCGUCAAGGAUCAUAUUUGUGCUGCUGAUGAUGAUAUGGACAGCGAUUAUGACAUUGAAGAAUGGAUCAAGCCGUGUGUCCCAGGACAGAAGCUUCUCAACUGGUCUUCCGAGGACAUCAUCUCAAUUGCUUCUGAUCAAGAGUAA